ACAGUGCACACACGGCGCGACCGAACGGACCGAAGGCACAGCCGAAGGCGACCCGCGACGACGACGACGACGACGACGAGGACGACGAUCGUGAUGAUUGGUGCGGGCCGUGCGUAAGUCGUCCGAGUCGCCCGUUAGCUGUCGAGCCGCGUCCCCGCGUCACGCAGUCGUCAUCCGGCUUUUCCGUCCGUCUCGUUUUUCCUGCGGUCGACGCGCGGCAAGAUUCUGCGAGAGGUCUUCCAUCCGCCACGAUGAGCGACGAAGGAUUCGACCCGUGCGAGUGCAUGUGGAAUUACAUGUCCGUGCAACAUCUACUUUCUAUCUUACGACAAUCACAGGAUUAUUGUUCGGACACCGAGUGCUUCAGCAUAUCGAGACUUCCAGGACCGCAGACGAACGUUCGGGAAUCUUCAGAUUUCCUCUUCACUUGCUUAAUGAUUGGCUUUAUGGUUCUCCUGUACGCAUUUAGACCAUCUUUGCGACGAUCGACCAGGAACAUUAUCAAGAGCAGCAACGAGCCCGGUUCACACGAGGAUGGUCCGCCUUCGCCGCCGACGAUGAAUUAAAUCGCAGAUAUCGCGUCGGUGCUCUUGUUAUUCGAGGUUUUAUAUACCAGGAUUUGUGCUAAACUUAUAACAGAAAUAGAAAGAGUUAUGGUAUAUAGAUACGAUGUUAAUAAUCAUAUUAUACGCGUUGGCGGGAUUUAUUAGUUUGAUAUUUGGAAGCGUUAACUUCCUUACAUAUUAGUAAUCGCAAUUUUACACGAUAUAACGCGCGCGUACGCAUAUCCUUUCUCUUUAAACUCUCUCUUAUAAUCACGUGCCUAUGUAUAUUAUUAUGUGUAAUAUGAAGUUUUAUCACAACUUUCUGAAGGAUAGUAGCAAAGUUGAACAAUUACAUCACUAACAUGAGAUAAUAACAGAACCCGCUUACGCGCGAUAAGAAGAAUGUAUUGUACGCGCGAAUAGAAUUUAAAAUCUUUACUAUAUAAACAAUAAAAAGAUUAAGUACCUGCGAAUGGAUAGUCAUCUAAUUAUUUAUUCGGUAUUUAUAUUCGAGAAAUGAGAAUAUCCAGACCUUAGAAUCACGAAUAAUUUGUCGCAUAAGGAAUCUCCCACAUACGAUCACCGAGAAUGUAUAAUUAUCUGCUGUAAAUAAUAUAACGAUAGUGAAAUAAUGUAUGAUAAUUGAGAAUUUCGGAAUCUUUUGUGAUUGUCAAGAAACAGUAUUUAUAUUUUUUUUGUAAUUUACUAAACUAGACGGAAGUGCAUCUAUCUUUUUUCAGUACGAUAAAAUCGAUAUCUAAAAAUUAAAUUUUGUUAUCUACAAUGAAAAAAGAGAAUAUAUUUAUAGUUUUAUAAUAUAUAUUUCGAUACGCAUAUUAUAUCGUUCAAACAAAGUGGAGAUAUUUUGUCACAUCCGACGUUUUACACGAAUGAAAAGAAUACAGAUUUAAAGAUAUAAUUAUGUACAAAUAACCACGAUUAUCAGCAGUAUUACACGAUUUUCCAGUAAUAUACAUGGUCUAUGAUAAAAUGUUUUAUACUAACAAUGUUGUUUAACGUUGUACAUUCCCCAUAUUUUCGAUAAUAAAACUGAUUCUCCGCAUUGCAUAAAA